AAGUAUGAUUUUGUGGCGGCGAGCAUUUACAUUGGUGUUUAUUUCCCAAACAAGUUUGCUUACUUAAAUAAAUUGUUAUCAAACAUUUACUAUGGAGGAGGAUGAGGUUAUCUGGAUGGAUAUUGAUCCUGACCCUAUCGUACCACCCCAGUGUCCCGAUCCACCCACUUCGAAAAAGAAAGAUGUCGAUAAACACGCGGAAAGAUUAGCUGCCUCCUCCAGAUUUGCCAAACAAAUCAUACUUAAUCGCGACAAAAAUGAACUUCGUCAUCGUCCCUGGUUCAGGUCGUUACCAAUUCGAAAUGUCAUCCUGACGAUGUACACCGCUCUGUCAUCCUCUGAAGAGAUGAAACCCUUCCAACUGCUCGGACUGGGAGAAACCUUGUUGCAAUUUUUGAAAAAGUUGGCCGGAAAUCCGGGUUCCGAGAAUCAACAGGUGUUGAUGGGGGGAGAAACCAAUUAUGGAAUAACGAACAAACGACGAGAAAAUGACCGCGACCUGGAUAAAUACUUAACCAUUUUGGAAAACAUUUUUAUCCAGCUGAAACGUUAUGAGAAUGACGAAGAGGUUCAGAAAGAUUCAAAAAAGUUUCUCGAUACGGUUUGGAAAUUGCACACAAGUGGUACGAUUGAUCUCAGCAGAACCACAAUUCCUGGUUCAAUGGUCCAUUCUAGCCCAUCACGUUUGAAAACCGCCCUCGCGACCUUCAUCGGUCCUCAGAUAGAAGAUGAGGACCUACAAAAUACGUCCUCAUUCGCCCUUAUUCCAUUAUGUGACCGGAAUCCCGAGAACUUUUUGCAAGUUAUGCAGUCCCUCAGGGUGAAGUACCUCGAUAACUCUUCUGGAGUUGAUAAGAAGAAACAAAUCCUAGAUCUUGGGUCGAAAUUGCAGACGGAUCUAAUGCAACGGUUAGGUCACGGGGUUAAAUAUGCGUCCCUCUUCCCCACCCCAUUUCACCCCCUGCUGCUUUUCUUGUCACAAAUAUUGUCUAAUCAUUCGUCGAAGAAUCUCAUGCAAAAUGAAAUCGUACAGAAAGAAAUACGAAAUCUCCUCGAUAAAUUAUCCCACCAGUGCGAACUGGACAGUUUUAAUUGCUCUGACGUCAUAUUUAUCUUAGCCACGAAUCCUAAUAUUCCGAAGGACAUUAUUUUUAGCAAUGAGAUACCUCGUCCCCCACAGAUUCGUAAUAGUGACGGCUUGUGGUUUAGACGGUGUCUAAGAAAUAGUGAUUUAAUUAUGCCGAUUACCGUUAACUAGGAAAAAUGGACACUGAUUUCGGUUAGUGUGUAGUGCUUUUAAAUUUUUUAUUUAACUUAUUUACUGUUUUUGUAUCUGACAUUGAUCAUGGUCCUUAAUUACUUAUAAUUACUCAGCCUCAUCAGUAUUAUACACAUUUAUCCCAGCCAAAUAUUGCAAUACAUUAUUCGUCCUUAUACACUCUUUCACCCUGUCAAAUAGUCAAAUUAAAAGUACUUUCUCUCAUUGUAAAAUUCACAAAGAAACCACAUUUCGUUCCAUUAUGUAAGAAUUUUGUGUAUUAAUGUUGUAUCGUAUAAUAUUCAUGUCAACAAUGGAUUUAUUUGUAGAAAUUGA